CGAGCAGAGGGAGCAGAUAGUGCAGAAAGGAGGGGGCUGCUGCGCGCCAGUUGGAAGUGUCUGCCUGUCGCAGCGGCUUGACAUUAAGAGGAGCGCGUCCAUGCUCCAGCUUGGAGCUGCACGGAGACCUGGAAGCGCGCGUAGGGACGGAGGCAGGCACGCGGAAGCCUGGAUACAUGGAUGCGCAGAGGGAUCAUCCUGCAUUUAAGUUUUCAGCCUGUGCGAGAAAUUCCCGGAUAUAAUGGGGAAUACGACACCUAAGCCACUAAUUGAUGCGACUCUUCAACCCCGUCUGGUGGCCACAAGGCAGUACUACACCCUUCCCAACAGUGUGGCCGGUGUAGAGAGAAGAACGUCUGCUCUUCCGGUCGGUGCCAACUUGGAGCCCCUUCGCUUUCACCCGCGUGCCAAAGGCAAGAACAUCAGGCUCGAUGGGCAGCUUCGCCGCGCCACUCGCAAGAACAGCUUCUGCAAUGGCAUCACUUUCAGCCAUCGGCCCAUCCACCUUUACGAAAAGGUACGUCUGCGCUUGACCGGCGUACACAAUGGCUGGAGUGGAGCCCUUCGCUUUGGCUUUACCAGUCUGGAUCCCAAUGACUUGGUGGCUGCUGACAUUCCUAAAUAUGCCUGCCCUGACCUGGUCACACGCCCUGGUUACUGGGCAAAGGCUCUGCCCGAGAGACUGGCUGUGAAGGACAAUGUUCUGUCUUUCUGGGCUGAUCGCCAUGGGCGUGUUUUUUAUAACAUCAAUGAUGGAGAGCCCAUCCUCUUCCACUGUGGGCUCAGCAUUGGCUGUCCACUCUGGGCCAUCAUAGAUAUCUACGGCAUCACCCAGGAGGUCAUAUUACUAGACAUCAAAUUUGCUGAGAGCGUGGGGUCCAGCUGCCUGAGUUCGGCCCGCCUGAGUGCCUACGUGCCCCAAAGCAGCCACGACUCGGCCAAUUACAACAACAACCAGCUGGAAAACAACCAGGCUGCCGCCGCCAAGAUGGCCAACCUGCAGCUUAACAGCUACUCGCAGAUCAUCCCCUGCUGCUCCUCCUCCCCCUCUGCCUCCUCCACAUCCUCGUCCGUCUCCACCGCAUUACCGAGGCUGCUCCGGAGCUCGCCACCCCUGCUGGACAAUGAUUUGCACUUUCACCCCACCCGUGGCUCCGAUGUGAUUCUCUCUGCGGACCGCUCAGCUGCCUGCAUCCAUUUCCUGGACAGCAGUCGGACUCUGGUGUUUAGUGACCGGCCGCUUCAUAUAGGCGAGACUCUAUACGUGGAGGUUGGUCACCUGGGCUUACCGUACUUUGGGGCUCUGUCUUUUGGCCUUACAUCAUGCGACCCGGCCGGUCUGCAUGCCGCGGAUCUACCAGCCGACCCGGAGGUUCUUUUGGACCGGAAGGAGUAUUGGGUGAUGCACAGAGGCUUCCCCAUCCCGUGUUCAGGAGAUGUCCUCAGUUUCAGCCUACUGUCCAGUGGAGAGGUGCAUCAUGGGGUGAAUGGAGUGGGGCGUGGCAGGCUGCUCUGUGUGGACUCCUCUCAAGUCCUGUGGGCCUUUUUCACCCUGCAUGGAGCUGUCAACAGACUCAGGAUACUCGGAACGCUGCAGUCCAGCCCUCCUUCCACAUCCCCCACCAUUUCUCAGAGCAGCAGCCCAGAUGACAGUGACUCAGACCCGGCGUUCAGUGUCAACAGAUCCUCCUCUGCGUCAGAAUCCUCUCUGGUGACAGCUCCCAGCUCUCCCCUCAGUCCUCCCACCUCUCCUCCCCUCACUGCUCAGAAGCUGCCCCCUGCUGGGAAAAACGGAGAAUGCACAAUCUGCUUCGACCAGGAGGUGGACACUGUUAUCUACACCUGUGGACACAUGUGUCUGUGCAACGACUGCGGCCUGAAGCUGAAGAGACAGAUCAACGUGUGCUGCCCAAUAUGCAGGAGGCCCAUCAAAGACGUGAUAAAGACGUACCGGCCGUGAUGGCACCGAGGUUUAGGUCUGGAUGGCUUCCGACCUUUUAUUUUCUCCUCAGGCUUUGCAGAAGAUGGGUUUCGACUCCGACCAGAGAUGCCAGGACUGUGCUGCUUCUCUUCCACGCUGUGUGGGCAAAUGUAAUCAAUAGAAACAGACCAGACUGGGAAUCAUUUUCAUAUCCCCAGUAAGCGGCUGUGCACGGGUGAAAAAUAAAGACAAAAACACAUUUUUCCUUUUGUAUUUUUAACGUAAUACCUUUGUUUGAGCGGAAAGACCUUCUGUUUCUUUGUAUUUUCAUUGUCCUACAUUUGUAAUGCUCUUCAGCAGAGCAUGUGCUGUGACUUCUAGUGCCUUAGACUUUUGUAACAGCGUUUGUCCAAAUAAAUAUGCUAACAAUCCUAGCCAUAUUUUCCAUUGUUCCCAACUGAAAGCUCCCGAUGACAAAGCAAUCAGGAUUCUAAAUCGCAAAGAUGGAUUGAAGCCUGUAUUUGAGUAAAAAAAAAAAAAAGGGAGGUUGCAGCUGUUCGAAGGGGUGUCCAUGCUGUUUAUGAAGAAGGAUGUUUGAUUUGUGAAAUGCCAGGUUGGCUUUGCACCGAAAGAGAAUAAUAAACAUGAUAUGAAUGAAUCUGUGUGCAGAUGAACAGUAAAAAACAAAUCAGACAUUGUGGAUAAGUCUUAAAAAAACGUACUUUUCUUUAUUAAUUGUAUUACAGCCAUUCUUACAAGUUUUAAAUAAAUCAGCAAAGGUUUGGGAAAUGCACUUUUUUUUUAAAUCAGGAGAUAUCAUCUUUUUCUUUUUACUAUUAAGGCACAUAAUUUGUUAAGGUAAAAAGAAAUUACGAUCCAAAUUCAAAUAAACGGCAAGACAGUAAAAACAAACUACAGUGUUAAUACGAAACUUCCCGUAUAACCCUUCCGCUCGCUUAGGUUGGCAUGUGCUUUGGGGUCUGCAUGACCCCCCUGCAAAAAAUGUAACUCCUUCCGCUGUGUUACAGGGCAUAAGUGACCCCACGAUGCAUUUCUCGGUGGCCAGCACGAAACCCAU